AACCCUCUAUAAUUGACUAUUUUGAGAAAAAUAUUCACUUUACUCAAAUCAAAGUACUGAAACAGGAAUUGUUAUAAUUAAGCCAGUAAGAGGAGAGUGCAUAACCCAUGCCCAGUCGGGGAGGGGCUACUUGCUGCGUCUUAACUCGGAUGAGAACGUGAGAGGAGAGUCUGUAGACUGAUUACAACAUGAACUAAAACUCAUGGCGUAAACUCUGAACGCUGGAGUCAGCCUGGGAUAUCCCGAAGGAAACCAUGCACACUAGAUAUGGAGCUCUUUGGGAUACUAUUGAAUUCUCUUGGCUUUGGCUUAUUGUCAGCAUCCAAACACUGGUGUUGGUAUGCGGUCAAAAGGGCAAUGGGUGUGGACACACAGUCCUCAGUCCCACCAGUGGCACACUGACCUCGCUGAACUUCCCGGGAACCUACCCUAACCACACCCAGUGUGAGUGGAGCCUAAGAGUACCGAAGGGCCAGACGCUGCUCUUGACCUUUGGGGACUUUGACUUGGAGAGAAGCCAAGACUGCAUAUCUGGCUCUCUUACCAUCACAGACACCAGUGGAGCCAUUAGAGUGGGUCCUCUGUGUGGGCAGCUGUCCACCACAAACAGGAAUAUAUCUGUGAGUACUAAUGAAGUCUCGGUGCGUUUCAUCUCUGGCACUCACCGUUCAGGACGGGGCUUCGUUAUGUCCUAUUCAACCAAUCAGCACUCAGAACUCACUUCAUGUCUGCAUCGAGGAACACAUUUCUCCUCUCAACAGAUUAGUGCAUUCUGCCCUGCAGGCUGCAAAGACGUCACCGGAGAAAUCUGGGGCUGGCAUGGCCAAGGAUACCGGGAUACCUCUGUAUUAUGCAAAGCUGCGAUCCAUGCGGGCGUCAUUUCAGACAGUUUGGGAGGCAUGAUCAACGUGUAUCUGCAGAGGGGCAUUACCUUGUAUGAGUCACACUUUGCUAACGGAGUGCUCUCAAAAACUGGUUCCUUGUCAGAUAAACGACUUGUCUUCCACAAAGAGUGUGACAGGGAGCUGUCGGUGGUGGCCUAUAACACUUCUUCAGUGUGGGAGGAGGUGAACAGAUUAGGUCAGAGGGUCUCCUGGUCUCCGGGACAUGAGGGAUCUCAGUGGGCUGCCAGCUCUGGGGAUCAGCAACCGUGGAUGGAGAUCGAGCUGUGGAACAGGAGUAGUGUCACAGGCAUCAUAACAAAGGGAACGCCGCAUUACUACAUUGAAUCUUACACCCUCAUGUUCAGCAAAGACCGCAAGAACUGGAAAGUCUACAAAGCAACAUCAGGCAAAGAUAAGAAGGUGUUUGAGGCCCAUUCUGAAGGUCAUGUGACGGUACUCAACAGUCUGAUUCCUCCAGUAGUUGCACGCUACCUCCUUGUGAAACCCCAGAAGUGGCAUAUCAGGGCCUCUGCACAGGUUCAAGUGCUGGGCUGCCCUUCCUCCCCCUUUAGACCCCGUUCCCAAGGAGAUGAAUUGAAUACUGGGAAAGCAGUUGUCACAGUGACUGUGCCUCUAGACACGCUGCCCACUGAGGGUCCUGUCAUCAUAAGAAGCUCAGGCCUCAGUCAAGCAGUGAUAUUAGUGGCAGGCAUGGUUUUGGGAGCAGCUCUGUGUGUGGGUUGCCUUCUAGCUGGGCUUGUUUGGUGGAGAAGAAAAAGAAAUGCACAAAUAAAGAAAUGCUGCGCUGACCAAGGCUGUCAGGGUUUCCACGGGAAGAAGCUUCCAUGCACAAACCCCGAGCUUGUAUCUUACCCUCUGGUUCGGAACAUCCACGAUGCUCUUCCCAACCCUCCUCUCAAUGAUUAUGCUGAGCCUGAUGUAGUAGCAGGUGGGCAGAUGAUGGGACUCACAUUCCGACCCCCCCUGGAAGAGGGCUACACAGUCCCCUUCUCCCUCAACCACUACGACACCCCUGGACAGCUUCCCGAAUACGCCCACCCCCUGCCUCCCGAACCAGAAUAUGCAACACCCUUCAGCGAAAUGUCCACAGACUCAACACUGGACAGCCGACAGAAUCUACCUUUGUGUCGAGAGCUGAGCCAACAACAAUAUGACUGCCCCGCACACAGAGUGAUCUCAAACGGGUACUGUACUCCAGUCUCACAUGGUACUAGCCAACAUAAGGCUAGUGUGAUCUACUUUGAGCCCCAGACAGUAGAACCACUAUUACAUACCUACCAUGAACCACUUUGAACCAACGUGGCAUCUCCUGCUGAAGACAGUAUCUGACGUUUGUGCUGUUAUACUGCUGUUUAAAGUGUAACCUAAUGAUUUAUGCUGUGUUUGAUAGCAUCAGAGAUCAGCAUGUUGCAGGAAAUGAUUAUUUGGAGAAGUGCUUUUAUAAGGACCGCUGUAUUGUUCAGAUAACCACUGAACCUAUAUGUGCAUUUUUUUGUAAUAUAUAUACAGACCAAAAGUUUGGACACACCUUCUCAUUCAAAGAGUUUUCUUUAUUUUCAUGACUAUGAAAAUUGUAGAUUCACACUGAAGACAUCAAAACUAUGAAUUAACACAUGUGGAAUUAUAUAUGGAAUUAUAUACAUAACAAAAAAGUGUGAAACAACUGAAAAUGUGUCAUAUUCUAGGUUCUUCAAAGUACUUUGAUUACUGCUUUGCACACUCUUGACAUUCUCUUGAUGAGCUUCAAGAGGUCGUCACCUGAAAUGGUCUUCCAACAGUCUUGAAGGAGUUCCCCGAGAGAUGCUUAGCACUUGUUGGCCCUUUUGCCUUCAGUCUGCGGUCCAGCUCACCCCUAAACCAUCUCGAUUGGGUUCAGGUUCAGUGACUGUGGAGGCCAGGUCAUCUGCCGCAGCACCCCAUCACUCUCCUUCUUGGUCAAAUAGCCCUUGAUGCCUUCAGUGUGACUCUACAAUUUUCAUAGUCAUCAAAAUAAAGAAAACUCUUUGAAUGAGAAGGUGUGUCCAAACUUUUGGUCUGUACUGUAUAUAAAAAUGUGGGUGUAUUUUAUAUCUGUAACUAAUCAGAAUAUACUCCAAGAGGAUUUGUGUCUGUGUGAUUUGACACAACUAAAGUAUUUUUUUAAUAGUUUUAUAUAAUAAACUUGUGACAUUAUUCAUACCACAACUCAAGUAUUGAUACUACACCCCUCUGUUGUUUUGCAUAUUAUAAAUUAAUUUAAAACCAUAUUAAAUCUAUCUAUCUAUCUCUCGGUCUACACACACACACACACACACAAAGACAUGCAAUCAUCAUGGGUUUUUGAGAAAUACUUACUUUUUUUUUUUUUUUUUUUUUUUUUAAGUAAACCUUGUCUGUUACAUAACUCCACUUCUGCUUUAUAUGAACAUGUAAGAUAACACAAAUCGCAUCAACACUGGAUCGUCUGACUCCUACCACAUUCAAAUUGGAAAUCUUUCUAUGGAAACCAACAGGUACAGAUCUUAAAUGUAAAACUUAAAGAACUGUCUUUAACUCUGUAUGUAACUUAAAUGUAUCCACCUGAAUAUUUUA